GACACAAGUAGGAGAUAUGAAAACAAAGCUGGAAGUUUCAUUACUGGAAUAGAUGUAACCUCCAAGGAAGCCAUUGAGAAGAAGGAACAAAGAGCAAAGCGCUUUCAUUUUCGAGCUGAAGUGAAUCUUGCCCAAAGGAAUGUGGCGCUGGAUCGGGACAUGAUGAAGAAAGCAAUUCCUAAAGUGAGACUAGACACAAUUUACAUUUGUGGAGUGGAUGAGAUGAGUACACAGGACAUCUUUGCCUAUUUCAAGGAGUAUCCUCCUGCUCAUAUUGAGUGGUUAGAUGAUACAUCAUGUAAUGUGGUCUGGCUCGAUGAAGUAACAGCAACACGGGCUCUGAUUAACAUGAGUUCCUUACCUGAUCAGGAGAAAACAAAAAGCAGAGAAAACAAUGAAGAGAAGACAGCUGAAAAAGCCAAGAAAGAAAAACAGGAAGAAAGUUCUGAGGAUGAGACAGAAGAAGGCGAGGUUGAGGAUGACAAUCCCAGUGAUGUUGAGUUGGAUGCCCUCUCCCAGGUAGAAGAGGAUUCUCUCCUGCGUAAUGAUCUUCGCCCUGCCAAUAAACUGGCUAAAGGAAACAAGCUAUUCAUGAGAUUUGCUACUAAAGAUGAUAAGAAGGAGCUGGGAGCUGCAAGGCGAAGCCAGUAUUACAUGAAAUAUGGCAAUCCCAACUAUGGAGGCAUGAAGGGGAUUCUUAGCAAUUCUUGGAAACGAAGAUACCAUUCGCGCCGAAUCCAUCGGGAUGUGAUAAAGAAAAGGACACUUAUUGGGGAUGAUGUUGGCUUGACUCCUCCUUACAAACAUCGUCACUCAGGCUUAGUAAAUGUUCCUGAAGAGCCCAUUGAGGAGGAAGAAGAAGAGGAAGAAGAUCAGGAUAUGGAUGAAGAUGACAGAGUUGUGGUAGAGUACCGUGACGAGCUGCAAGCUUUCAAGCAGUCCCGAGAGCGCAGUGCAGCCCGAAGGUCGAGUGCUAGCACAUCUGACUCUGAUGAAAUGGACUAUGAUCUGGAACUGAAAAUGAUAUCAACACCCUCUCCCAAAAAGAGCAUGAAAAUGACAAUGUAUGCGGACGAGGUGGAGUCACAGCUGAAAAACAUUAGGAAUUCCAUGCGAGCAGAUAGCAUAGCAACCAGUAACAUCAGAAACCGGAUUGGCAGUAAAGGAUCAUCAGAGAAGGUGGCAGAUGUGAGACUACUGUUAGAAGAAAAACGUCAGAACAACACUGGGCCACGUCAGCCAAACAGCACUGUAAAAUCAGAUGUGCGGCGAAGACUGGGGAAAAGACCACGUUCUCCAGAAACUAAACCUCCAAGUAGUACCUCUGCUCCUCGUCGAGAACCGAUAUCGGAUGUCCACAGCCGGUUAGGAAUCCCCAAACAAGAUGUUAAAGGCCUCUACUCUGAUUCCAGAGAGAAGAAAUCAGGUAAUUUAUGGACCCGAUUAGGGUCUGCUCCGAAGGCACAAGAAAAGACUUCAGAUAAAGCUGAAAACACUGUGGCAGCUCCAGAGGAGGAUGACUCGGAGCUGCAGCGGGUUUGGGGUGCUCUCAUAAAGGAAAAGGAACAGUCUCGGCAAAAGAAGAGCCGGUUGGAUAAUUUACCAUCUCUACAAAUCGAAAUCAGCCGAGAAAGCAGCUCGGGAUCAGACUCGGAGUCAUGAUGGGGUUCACGUUCCGAUCCUCAACAUUAGGACUCUGCAGCCUGGCAAGAUUUCCUUUGCCCAAAACCUGGACACUGGCAAAGACUCUGCAGUGAAGGUUCCAGAAGUGUCUCUGCUCCUUUUAUACAAACCAGAGAUGCAAACGCCACUUGAAACCUAAAGCAAUCACGUUUGUCUGGACGCUGUGGUUGGCCCUGUGUUACGUAGGGCAUUGUCAUAUAUGUUUGUUACAGCAAACCUGUAGUUAA